AAGCGCUGAGGCUGCCUGACUGGAAUGAGGGUAGCUGCGGCGACUGCGGCGGCGGGAGCGGGACAGGCCAUGGCGGUGUGGACGCGGGCCACCAAAGCGGGGCUGGUGGAGCUGCUCCUCAGGGAGCGUUGGGUCCGGGUGGUCGCCGAACUGAGCGGGGAGAGCCUGAGCCUGACGGGUGACGCCGCGGCGGCUGAGCCCGAGCCCGCUCUGGGGCCGGCGGCGACCGCCUUCAACGGCCUCCCCAACGGCGGAGGCGCCGGUGACUCGCUGCCCGGGAGCCCAAGCCGCGGCCUGGGCCCCCCGAGCCCGCCCGUUCCGCCGCGGGGCCCGGUGGGCGAAGCGGGUGCGUCGCCGCCCGUGCGCCGGGUGCGGGUGGUGAAGCAGGAGGCGGGCGGCCUGGGCAUCAGCAUCAAGGGCGGCCGCGAGAACCGGAUGCCGAUUCUCAUCUCCAAGAUCUUCCCGGGGCUGGCUGCCGACCAGAGCCGGGCACUGCGGCUGGGCGACGCCAUCCUGUCGGUGAACGGCACCGACCUGCGCCAGGCCACCCACGACCAGGCCGUGCAGGCGCUGAAACGCGCGGGCAAGGAGGUGCUGCUGGAAGUCAAGUUCAUCCGAGAAGUAACACCAUAUAUCAAGAAGCCAUCAUUAGUAUCAGAUCUGCCAUGGGAAGGUGCAGCUCCCCAGUCACCAACCUUUAGUGGCAGUGAUGACUCUGGUUCUCCAAAACACCAGAACAGCACCAAGGACAGGAAAGUCAUUCCUCUCAAAAUGUGCUUUGCUGCUAGAAACCUAAGCAUGCCGGAUCUGGAGAACAGAUUGAUAGAACUACAUUCUCCCGAUAGCAGGAACACGUUGAUCCUACGCUGCAAGGAUACAGCUACCGCACACUCCUGGUUCGUAGCUAUCCACACCAACAUAAUGGCUCUCCUCCCACAGGUGUUGGCUGAACUCAAUGCCAUGCUUGGUGCAACCAGUACAGCAGGAGGCAGCAAGGAGGUCAAGCACAUUGCCUGGCUGGCAGAACAGGCAAAACUAGAUGGUGGAAGACAACAGUGGAGACCAGUUCUCAUGGCUGUGACUGAGAAGGACUUGCUGCUGUAUGACUGUAUGCCAUGGACAAGGGACGCCUGGGCAUCACCAUGUCACAGCUACCCUCUUGUUGCCACAAGGUUGGUUCAUUCUGGCUCUGGAUGUCGAUCCCCCUCACUUGGAUCUGACCUUACGUUUGCUACCAGGACAGGCUCUCGGCAGGGCAUUGAGAUGCAUCUCUUCCGGGUGGAGACACAUCGGGAUCUGUCGACCUGGACCAGGAUACUUGUUCAGGGUUGCCAUGCUGCUGCUGAGCUCAUCAAAGAAGUCUCUCUAGGCUGCACAUUAAAUGGCCAAGAGGUAAGACUCACUGUCCACUAUGAAAAUGGGUUCAUCAUCUCCAGGGAAAAUGGAGCUCCUGGCAGCGUGCUGUACCGCUACCCCUUUGAACGACUGAAGAUGUCUGCUGACGACGGCAUCCGGAAUCUGUACCUGGACUUCGGUGGUCCCGAGGGGGAGCUGACCAUGGACCUGCACUCUUGUCCGAAGCCGAUUGUAUUUGUGUUGCACACGUUCUUAUCGGCCAAAGUCACACGCAUGGGACUGCUUGUGUGAGCAGCAAAAAUUCAGAAAAGAGCCUUGAAUGUCACAAGAAAUAUUUCCACCUCCCCAAAAAAUUAAAAAGCACAAAAAGAAAGCUCUUUUCUCUAUUCUCCAGCACAGUGCCUUGACAAGGACCUGCAAAUUACUGCUGACCGGUAACCAUGUUUAAAGAAGAGCCUGCCUUUCACAAGCUACCUUGGCCAGAAUUUCUAGGACUCUAAUAAGCUCCAAGAUGAAGCUGUUGAUUUAUUGUCUAGUUUCCUAAUGUGAUUUCUAAGUAAUUCUGUUCAAUUCUCCUGUUAAGGGUGGCUCAUUGUUUUUCUUUUUGGGCAUAGUCAAAUAUCUAAGAAGUUGUUUUUCUUUUUUUUUCUUCCUGUAGGAUUUAUUUCAUACUUAGCUUUGGGUGACUCUCUCUUCCCAGGUGCUAGUUUGCAGCAACCCAUGCUUCUUGGUCAUUCCAGAUAGGUUACAUAUUGUGCUGAAGUUUUGGAGUUUACUGUCCUCACUUGCUUACUCCUUCCACCCUAGGAGGCCCUCGAGUUGCAUCACCAAAGCGUCCUCCCGUCUGUCCCGGCUCUCACUACAUCCCGCCCUGGCCAGCACGUCCCCCUGCAUCACAGGCUUUGCCACUCCUAAGUGCAAACUUUAGGACUUAGAACCUGUGAAAUUUGAUUUGCCUUGCCUUCCACCCCCUUUCUGCUGGUGACCAAGUUGAAAAGCAAGUUGGAAACCACUGCUUUAAAAGAAAAGUUUUACUAAUUUGAGGGUUUUCUGAUUUUAUCUUUGGUAGGAACCAGGAGAUGUGGUAAGAUUUAUUUUAAAAGAAAAUCCUCAUUUUAGCCUAAGCCAUUUUUUAUUGCUUACCAAAUGUGCCUUUGGUUAGGGUUAGUGGAGCUUUAUUAGUCACUAUCUGAAUAACUGGAUAUCACUGCCAUUCCAGAGAGAUCAUCUAUUCUCGUUCUGAAGAAUAGCCUUUGAGGCAGGUUUCCUUAGUGGUAUCUUUCCUAAUGGGCAGAUAUCUUUGAGGAAGAUAAGUCCUGGAGAGCAAGCUUGUUUCAAGAGUAGAUUUUGUGGGUGAAGUCAGCUUUGCAGCACAAACAAAAUAUCGGGUUGUUUUGGGCUCUGUGCACGCAUGUAGAACCCUGGUCCUGGCUCUGGUCCUCUCACUUUGUGGCAGCAGAGUGGUAUGAACAGGCAGCUAACCCAAGGCUCAGUGUGGCCUCGUAAUGCACCCUGCAGGGGGGCAGUGUGAUGAGACCGUGGAACAGCUACCUGGGUUUUGCUAAAAACAGUAAGGUUGCUGAUUUUGUGGUACAGGAGAACAUAUUCGGCUUACUAUUUUUAAUUAUGAAGCAGGUGUGUAUAUCUGAAAACAUUUAAAAUAGUAUAACAGCUAUAUAAAAUGUCAAGAUUAGCACAGCCCCUAGAACUGAAAGAAAGGUAAUAUUGACUUUGCUGCCCUCUGUGUUUUCUGAAGAAAAGGCUGGGAUUAGUUCUCAUUUUCUGGGUGGAUCAGGAGUGCCGGAAGAGGGUGUGAGCACUCCAGAGGGCGGAGCUGUUUGGUUUGAGUGCAGACUGACACACAGGCGGGACGUGUGAAAGAGCCGACUCAAUGAGCAGAAGGCCCUAGUUAGACAUGGUAACCCCAUUGUCUUCACAGCUUCCCUGUGUGCAGUGAGAUUAACCAGGUGCAGAGGCUGGGGAGGGAUGUCUGCUCUGCCCCAGCAUCAGUCCCAAAAGUGAAUUGUCUGAUCCACUUAAAACUGGAAAUUAAAAUCUAGACUAGAAUAUGUCCUUCAAGAGCUUUCUAUGUUUUGAAAAUUCAUAAACCCAAGUUUGGUUCCAUCUGGAGUAAGUUUACAAGUUAGGGAAGAAGAAAAUACCAUCAAGGUCCAGCUAUGAUUUCUGGAAGAAGAAUUUGAACGCAUAAUGCCCUCAGAUAAGGGAGCUUAAGACAUUCUUUGCAGUGAGUAUUAAUCUGAGAAGAUGAACGAUGUAAUCAUGGACUGGCAGCAAAGCCAUUUAGUUGAGGUUUUCUGUGUUAGUGUGAAAGGCUAAGCCACUGAAAAGAUUUUCAGGGGAGACUCUGAGCCACCUGCUCAAAAGUUACAUGAAGAAGAUCUGGGGGGGGAAAGGUGUGUUAAAAAUGCGGGCAGGAGAGGUAAGGCAUGCGUGCAUUUCAAACCCCUUUGCUCUGACUUAACCUGUCAUGUAUAGCCCCUAGGUCCAUAGGGUUUUUAAUAUUGAAUAGGGUUCUGAGUCUUGGUGUGAAAUGAAAUUGUAGGAGAGGUUUCCUGUGACCACUAGCGCCCCUAAGAGCAGGAGCCUGUAAGCCUGCUUAACACACUUCCUCAGCUUUCCAAUCAUGGAUGGCCGGGUGGUUCUUCCACUAAGUGUGUUUGCGGGGUUUUCAAACCGCAAAUGAAGAACUUUUUAUGAAUGAGGCAGCCUUGAUAAAUAUGUGUGUAUUUUUGAUCCACUCCACAGUUGGGAUCUGCAUGUGAGGAGGGCUGACUAUAUCCAUUGCUCUACACCACUUCAUACAGAGGACUUGAGCGUCCGUGGAGUUUGGUAUCCAUGGGUGGUCCUGGAACCAAUCCCUUGGGGAUACCAAGGAACGAUUGUAGUUAAGUUUUGGGGGAGUCAAAAACUAAUAUGUGGAUUUUCGACAGUGUGGGAAAUGGGCACCCUAGUCCCCAUGUUCUUCAAGGCUCAAUUUGUAGUUUGUAAUUUAGAUGCCAAAUACGGCAAGUUAUUUUCAAAUGAUAACUAAAAAUUGGCAUUUUUGAUAUUUCACAUCUUUUAUAGAACAGCUGAUUUUUCAUUUCUUUUUUAUUUUGAAUUAGGAAAAUUGUUUAGAAUGUUGUGGGC